GCCGGCACUGCGCUUGCGCCUCUCUUGCCAGGCUGGAUUAAAGUUGCAGCACACCGUUUUGGUAUUUAAAGGGCCCGUUGCCUUCCCGAAGUUGGUCUGAGGGCAAGAUUGGCGGUGGACGGUUCUUGGUUAUGGGACCUGUGCGGUUGGGAAUGCUGCUUUUCAUUUUGACUAUGUACAGUGCCUGGGCUGGGAUGCCGAAGGAGGAAGACGAUGACACAGAACGCUUGCCCAGCAAAUGCGAAGUAUGUAAACUGCUGAGCCUGGAGCUACAGGAAGAGCUGAGUCGCACUGGCCAAUCUCGAGAGGUGCUGGAGCUGGGACAGGUGCUGGACACAGGCAAAAGGAAGAGACAUAUCCCUUACAGCGUUUCAGAGACAAGGCUGGAAGAAGCUUUGGAGAAUUUAUGUGAGCGGAUCCUGGAUUACAGUGUUCAUGCUGAGCGCAAGGGCUCACUGAGAUAUGCCAAGGGUGAGAGUCAGACCAUGGCAGUGCUGAAAGGCCUGGUGGAGAAGGGAGUGAAGGUGGAUCUGGGGAUCCCUUUGGAGCUGUGGGACGAGCCCAGCGUGGAGGUCACAUUCCUCAAGAAGCAGUGUGAGAUGAUGCUGGAGGAGUCUGAAGACAUCGUGGAAGACUGGUAUUUCCACCAUCAGGAGCAGCCCCUACAGCAUUUUCUCUGUGAAGGUCAUGUGCUCCCAGCUACUGAAACUGCAUGUCUUCAGGAAACUUGGACUGGAAAGGAGAUCACAGAUGGGCAAGAGAAGACAGAAGGGGAGGAAGACCAAAAUCAGGAAGAAGUAGAGGAGGAGGAGAUGACUAACACACCAGGGCAUCCCAAGCAUGACCCAGAGGAUCUUUGACCCUUGUCCUUAAGCCCCAAGGAUGGACAGGGGUCAUGCAGAAGAACCCUUUGAAGUCUGAGCUCUCCCUGCCCCUCAGCUUUAAGAGUGUGCGUAUGUGAGUGACUCCAUGCUAGAGCUUGUAGCUCUUCUCUCCCAUCUGCUCUCAGGCAGGAUCCUGGUGGUGCAGCAUGGCAUGGCUAUGGGGAGAACGGUGAGAGCAGUAGGUGGAAUCCCUGCCCCAACAGAUGAGUCGUCCACCUGCCGUCUAGCUCCCUGAUUGUCAGCUGUGUGUGGGGACGGUAUUGAGACAUUUAAAUAUCUCUUCUGCUCCCCACAGGACCCAGAGGUCAGCAUAGCACAGGAACUGUGGACCUUGAGAAAGUAACUUUAACCUUCGGGGGUCUGUUUUUAUACUCUUAUAAGGAAGAAGCGGGAAUGGACAUUCUCUACGACCUAUAUACACCACCUGCAUCUAGGAGACUGCAUUCCAACAAACUGUGAACAGGAAGGGGACACUGGAUGGGGCGAUGUUGAUUAGUUAGGUUGGGUAGAUACUUAAUCUACUUCAUACUAAUUUCACCGACGGCCCACCAAGUAAUCGCAAAGGUGCCAAAUUUUCUAUAACGCUAGUAAAUCUUUUUACUUUAAUAUCA